AUGUCAGAUCAGGAUCCAGAUUAUCAUAUAAAUCCAAACUAUCAAAAGUCAAAUCUGUUACCGAAGGUAAGGCCCAGUACUGCAGGCACACCAACUUCAUCAGGUAUUAAGAAACCACCAACUGCUGUUCCUGCUACUCCAAGAAUGUUAAGAAAUACUAGUGGACAUCAAAUCCUGCAAGCAGGUACCACUCCUCAGAGGUCAAGCUCAACUCAUAGACCUUCUGGUUAUUCAACGCCUUCUGGACCUACUUCUUUGAACAAUGAUAAUACAAAGCAAACUCAAUUUCAUCGUCGUUCAAUUGGCGAAUGGGAUUUCAUGAAAACUAUCGGUGCAGGUUCUAUGGGAAAAGUUAAAUUGGCAAGACACAGAAGAACAAAUGAAAUUUGUGCAAUUAAAAUUAUUCCUAGAGCUGCUAGACUGUAUGCUAGAAAUCAUGCAAAUGAUCCUCCGCCAGUCGAUCAGAAAGAAUUAGAAAAGAGACAAAAGGAGUACGAAAAAGAAAUUGCAAGAGAUAAAAGAACAAUAAGAGAAGCUUCUUUGGGUAAAAUACUAUAUCAUCCUUUCAUUUGUCGGUUAUUUGAAGUCAUAACAAUGUCAAAUCAUUAUUAUAUGUUGUUUGAAUAUGUGUCUGGUGGUCAAAUGUUAGAUUAUAUUGUGAGUCAUGGUUCUUUGAAAGAACGUCAUGCUAGAAAGUUUGUUAGAGGUAUUGCAUCCGCGUUGGAUUACUUGCACAGAAACAACGUUGUUCACAGAGAUUUAAAGAUUGAAAAUAUUAUGAUUUCUAAUACUGGUGAUAUCAAGAUCAUCGAUUUUGGGUUGUCAAAUUUUUAUUCCAAUGAUGCAUUGUUGAAAACAUAUUGUGGUUCUUUAUACUUUGCUGCCCCUGAGCUAUUAUCUGCACAUCCUUAUAUUGGACCUGAAGUUGAUGUUUGGUCUUUUGGUGUUGUUUUGUAUGUUCUGGUAUGUGGUAAAGUUCCUUUUGAUGAUCAAGAUGUUUCUGUUCUACAUGAAAAAAUCAAGAAGGGUAAAGUUGAUUAUCCUGAUUUUCUUUCUAAUGAGGUUGUCUCAUUACUUUCAAGAAUGUUGGUGGUCAAUCCUAAUAAGAGAGCUGGUCUCGCAGAAGUUAUGUCACAUCCUUGGAUGACCAGAGGUUAUGAAGGCCCUCCAACCUCAUUUGUUCCACACAGAAUCCCUUUGACCUUACCAUUAGAUCAAGCCACAAUAACAGAAAUGGCUAAUUUGGAGUUUGGUCAAAAUGAAGACCAGAUUCGCAAUGAUAUUACUCAGGUUGUUUCUUCCAAGUUAUAUCAAGAUGCAUCUGAAAAUUGGUAUAGAAAUCAAAGAGCAGAAGAAAAUGUUCAUGGUGGCCAGAUUGAUCCAACAACUGGUUUUCAUCCAUUAGUCUCUAUUUAUUACUUGGUUGAAGAGAUGUUGAAACGUAAGAAGGCUAAACAAUCAAUUGUGGAUGUUCCACAAGCUGUAAAAGAACAACCAAAGGAAAUCACACCUGAUACAGCUGCCGGAGCUCCAACUCAAGAAAAACCAAAAGUCAAAAUUGAAACGCCAUCUCAACCACCUGUUAUUUCAUUCCCUGAAGCUGCACAUACAUCACCAAGAGCUACAUCACCUCCAGGAUUUCCUGAUAGACAACAACAACUUCCAUCAACAUCACAUGCCACAGGUAAUGAUGAUUUCUUAUUGACUCAACAGCAAAAGCAUCCAAAGAGUGCUGCAGUCACAGAUGAGCACAGUAAGGGUUUCAACUCAAUAUUGAGAAAAUUCAGUCAAAGAAGGGCACAUUCUCAAAGAAGACCACCUCCUUCUCAUGAACCAACACCAGCUGUUUCAAGUGUGGAAGACCCAUUGUAUCAUUCAACUGGAUUCAAUCACAACGGCAAUAAUGGUGCUGUGCCAAUGGAAACGACAGAUAAUGGCGUGAAGUAUGAUCCAAAACAUUUGAUGUCACCUCAACAAGAUGCUUUAGUUCGUCGUGUUGGUAGUUUGAAAUUAACAAAGAAAUCACCAUUUGAUACACCAGAAAAACCAACAGUUACUGAUAAUAGCUUGAGUGCUCCAACUAACAAGGUUAAUAAAAGCCAUAAUAGAACUGUUUCUGCUUAUGCAGGUCCUGCUGAGGCUUUGUCUUCUGGUGAUGCUAAGGUUGCUCCAGGUGCUAAUGCCUCCAAACUUCCUGCUACUGCUACUAAGAAAUUUCAUCCAUCUGCUAGAGCUAAAUCUGUCGGACAUGCUGCUCGCCGUCACCCUUCAGGUUUUGUACCAAAUGAAGGAAGUGAAAACUCAAAUGCUUUACCACCAUUGCCUACUGAUUUGAAUGAUGAUGCAUUCUUUGAUGACGUUACUUUGGAUGACUAUUCACCAACAGAUAAACCUUCAUUGGUCACUUCAAACACCUCGAGUAAUCAACAAGGCGGUGCUAGAUUGGGUGAAUUGGCAAAUACUGAAUUGAGUGAAACUCAAAUAUUAGCCGAAGCUGCUAGAGCACCAGAAGGGUCCAUGCCAUCAAUUGAAUAUCCAAGAUCAUUGUUCCUCAAAGGGUUCUUCUCAGUUCAAACCACUUCUACGAAACCCCUACCAAUUAUUCGUGCAAACGUUAUUUCUGUAUUGACCAAAUUAGGUGUUAAAUUUACUGAAGUUCGUGGUGGUUUUAUUUGUGUUCAUACACCUUCAAUUGAGCAACCAUCCCAAGUCCCAGAUGUUCAAAUUACAAAACCAGAUGAUUUUGCUCAAGAAGAUCAAAGUUUGAAAUCCUCGAAAUCAUCAAGUGGAGAUUCAGCUGCAAAUCAAAAUCAAGAAACAACAAGGGUUCAUAGUCUGGAGCAUACUUUUGAUCAGCUAUCUACUCCGUCAUCUAAGGGUGGUCAUAGAAGAAAAUUCUCUAUUGGUGGUAGUAUUUUGGGCAGUUAUAGACGUAAAAAUGGAGGAUCUGCUCCUCCAAUUCCACCUACUCCAGUUGCUGCUACCAGAUAUGAUUCAAGUCAAAUGGCCGCUUCACCAAGUGCUGGCACUAGUAACCAAGGGGCAAGCUCUUCCCAUACUGAUUAUGAUUCAUCUGCUUCAUUAGACUCAUUAAAUGCAGGUGAAGGUGGUAGUGAUAUGUUGGUCUCAAGUAGAAUUGAACAAAACAAGGCUCGUACACCAUCAACAAGUGGAGAGAAGUCACAACAUCAACAACAACAUGCAUCUUCACAAGCUUCCAAAGCUCGUACUCCUUUGAAAUUUGAAAUUCAUAUUGUUAAAGUUCCAUUGGUUGGUUUAUCAGGUGUUCAUUUUAAAAAGGUGUUGGGUAACACAUGGAUGUACAAGGCAUUAGCUGGACAGAUUUUGAGUGAGUUAAACUUAUAG